UGCUUGAUAUGUUGUCCAUCCAGAAUAUACUCAAUUUAUAAUGUUGAUAUAUAAAAUCAAAGCGCAUUUCUCUCAGAUAUUUAGACCUAGAUCUAGACUCUAUGGGGUUUUUUUUUCUUUUUUACUCUAUGACCUUGCGUCCUCAUUUCUUUCGACCUUCGACUUGACUUCGAAGUUCGAAGCGAAGAAGACGGAGAUUGGUGCUCACCCCGCAUAGAAGAGCUAUCACGCCACAAGGGUUAUGUCCCUUCCCGUUUGCGACUUUGCGAUGAAUGAGGCCACCCUGCUGUCCGCCCUCAGAUCAGAUUGACUCUCUACUCUCUAGGCCUAGGCAAGUCUCUAUCAUAGCCCUUGGGCCCUUUCUACCAGUCAGCAGAUUGCAUCAAACUGUUUUUAUAGAGGCUUCCAGUUACCAUCCAUGGAGACGACAUUUGACCAGGCCAUUAUCUUUCUUCCAUGUUGUUGGAACUGGUUCUUCUAUGCACAUUAUAAGACUAAAACUUUACAGUAAACGAUGGUGCAGUUAGCUCCAGCUGCCGACACACCACAACAGAGUAAGACGUCUGUGGCUGUGAAAACUUUUAUAUCUGGAGGUAUUGCUGGAUGCUGUGCCAAGACUGCUGUGGCCCCUCUAGACAGAGUCAAGAUCUUGCUCCAAGUUCACAAUGAACAUUACAAACACUUAGGGGUGUUUUCUACAGUGAAACAUGUCAUCAAGAAAGAGGGAGUCCUGGGAUUGUACCAAGGCAAUGGGGUGCAGAUGAUGAGGAUCUUCCCUUAUGCUGCCAUUCAGUUUUUAAGUUACGAGCACUUGAAACAGGCUGCAAAGAAUGUGCCAUUCCUUCACCACUCUCCACAUCUGACGAAGCUGAUCUGUGGCUCCCUAGCCGGUCUGACGGCUGUCAUCAUCACGUACCCUUUGGAUAUAAUACGUGCCCGUCUGGCGUUUCAAGUCAAGGGGGAAGCAAUUUACAGUGGAGUCAUGCACACUGUGAAAAGCAUUCGACACCUGGAGGGUGGCACCAGAGGGCUGUAUCAAGGCAUUGUGCCCACCUUCCUUGGCAUGGCCCCUUAUGCUGGUCUUUCCUUCAGCAGUUUUGAGAUGCUGAAAAAUCUGGCCUUGGACGUGUUCCCUGACCUACUGGGCAAACCAUGUCCUCAAAACACUGGGGGGCUCGUUCUCAUCCUGCCCGCAAAGCUCAUCUGUGGUGGUCUUGCUGGGGCCAUCGCUCAGACCAUUUCGUACCCUCUAGAUGUUGUGCGGCGCAGGAUGCAGCUUUCUGGAAUGAUCUCUAAAGACCAACAGACUUAUCUGGCCUACCCACGGAGUUGGCUAGAGGUGUUGCGAGAAGUCUAUCGAGAGAACGGUAUAGUCAAGGGCCUGUACAGAGGCCUGAGCAUCAACUACAUCCGCAUCAUGCCCACUGUUGCCAUCUCUUUUGCCGCUUACGAGACGGCCAAACAGACAUUCGGAUUGGAUACCGGUGUGGACAGAUGAUAACUGUCGACUCGUAGGGUUUGCUUGUAUAAUAGGUCAUUGUUGAAGUGUAUGUAGAUAAAGUGAGAGAUUUAUAUAAGGAUUUGCUUUUUGUCAAAGGGGCUUUAGAUUUGUUUUAGGUAGGUCCAUGGAUGCUCCAUUACUCUCUCUGUCCUUGUUCUUUGUUCCACAACUUUUUCACAUUACUAUCUCACUAUUGGCUCAUUUGGUAUCAUGCUGGACGACCGAACAGAUUGCCUUGGUUCAGAUCCCCAGGGGGGCGUUCUGAACUUGGACUGUUUUUUGGGGGAAUGGCUCUGCACCCAUUCUGGGUCAGUCCUAUCAGAGGAGAAUGUUAUAUUUGGAGGUUCCGCCUCUUAAAUAUCUUAUAGUGUUGAAAGGGGCAUUGAACCUGCACAAUGACAUUCUGAUGUUUUAGAUGUUUUAUUGCCACAGAAACAUGCAAAAAUUAUCCUGGCACAUGGCAAAGCUCAGGGUUUUUUUUUUCUUGUUUUUUUCAUGGUUUUUCUAUAUUUUCCUCAUUUGAGUUAUUCUUCAUCUUUGAAGUUCCAUUAAUCUCUUUCCUCACCACAGCGUCAGAAGAAAAUCGGUGAGCAUCUCCUCUCCCCUAAUUUUUUUCUGUUUUAGUGAUUUGGCUUCUCCGGAAAUAUUUUACAAAAUGAAAUGAUUUCAAAGGUUCCAAACAAACUUUGUAACUAUGAUAAUUGUCUUGUGAAAACCUCUAUCUUUCAUUAUUCACAGUAAUGUGUGAGUGUAGGACGUACAUUCCAAGACAGGAAGGACAUUGCAGUCUCAUAAAAAAGCUUUGACAGAAUUUGAGGAUUUGUGCACAAAUAAGAUAGAUUUUAGAUGUGCUUUGAGACACACAGUAAUGUAACCCUAUCUGUAUGUUGUGUUUUACUAUCGUAUCCAUACGACGUGGGGAACUCUGUGCCACCCCACCACUUUCCAAGGAGGAAAUUUACUGGUUGAUCCGAUAUGUACGCUUUGCAUAGCAGUCUGUCAAAAUAAUUUUUGUUAAAAAAUACUAAAAGUUUUAAAGAGAUAUUCGUACAAGAAGUAUUCUAAAAUGUGAAGAAUACAACCCUAGGGGUAUAAAAUGACCCCAGGGCGUACGGAUAGAGUUAAAUGAUAUUGUUAUUUUAAGCUUUUCCAGGAAGACUAUAAAUGCAUGUCUCAUAUUAUUUUUAAAUUGUUUUUGCAGUAGUUUACAAAGCAAAACUGAAAAAAAAAAGAUUGUCCACUCAAUUUGGUCAGAUCUGUUAGAUAUGAGCAUAUCAUAGCACAAAUGUUGGUGUGUUGAAGGAUAGAUGUUCAGGAAGCUCAUGUUCUGGAUGCAGUUCUGUUCACUUGUUUGAUGCAUUACAGGUACUGUGGUAAAGAAAUGUUGUAGGCCUAUAAUAAGUGUAAAUAGAUGAUGGAUUUUGUGAGUCUUUUACACUCUUUACUUUUGUAAAUGUAUUAUUGAAAUAGUGUAAUUUUUCAGACAAAUGCAAGUUUUCUACAUUGCAAUGUGAUGUUCGCUGCAUAAAGUUUUACAGUGCCAAGUUAUUAAUUUUAGUUCCACAAAAGUUAAUAAAAGGAUGCUUUUCACUUACGAGAAAUGUAUCUGUAUGAUGGAUAGUUAAUGGUAUUUAUGCAAGUUACCUCUUCAGAAAAGUUACGAAUUGUUGCAGUUUUUUUCUUUGCUUUUGUUGUUGAUUUUUUUUUAAUGACUGUAAAA